AUGUCGGCACAAGGCAACUCCAACCGGCCUGAUGCAGCGGAAGAGGAGCUUGAUGACUGGGACCAACGGAUAUUCAGUACAGGCUGUGCCGAAGAGCAGCUCCGAAUGAACGACUGCUACUACGACAAGAAGGACUGGCGAGCUUGCAAAGCCGAAAUGGAAGCUUUCAGACAAUGUUGGAAGCGGAAGGGCAACGAGGAACGUACACAAAGCAGGGACGCGUCGUCGGAGAAGUAA